AUGCUGCUGAAAUUGAUUUUUGUCUUGAUUGCUGUUGUGCACACUGGUUUAUGUGAGCACGAAUCGGUGAAACGAUGUGCUCGAGCAGUCAGUGCUUGUCAUCUGACUCCGCAAGGCACUGAAGGACCCUAUUACUGGAAAUCUACCGUACGACGAAACAUUACCGAAGGUAAACCGGGCACCCCUCUUCGCCUCUUAAUAACCGUGUUAGAUUGGAGAACAUGUUCACCUGUUCCCAAUGCUGUCGUUGAUGUGUGGCAGUGUGAUGCCCUGGGAAUCUACUCGCACUUUAUCGGCGCUAGUAUGGGAUAUUUUGAGGCAAAAUCCGACAACACGACUUUCUUUCGAGGUACAUUAGUGAGUGAUCUAGAAGGCCGCGUUGUCUUUGAUACUAUUUAUCCAGGAUGGUACCGGGGCCGAGCUACACAUAUUCACAUCAAAGUACAUAUCGGUGCUAAUUUGACAAAUAUAGAUGGAGAAAUGUAUGCGACGGGUGGUCAUGUUUCGCACACAGGUCAAUUCUACUUCGAUGAUAAUCUCACUGAUAAAGUUGCUACAGUUGCUCCAUACAUGACAAACAACAUUCGACGAACCCGCAAUAAUGAAGAUGGAAUCUAUACUAGCGAAGAUGGAGCGUCGAUGAUUGCUCCAAUCCAGUUUCUCACCAACGAAUUCACUGGUGGAAUGAAGACAGAAGUCACAGUAGCCAUUGAUCCAACGGCUACGCCAGAACUGUUAGAUAAUAUUCCAUGA